AUGAGUGUUGUAGUCAGCUGAUUGUCAAUAAACAUUAGACUAAUAACGCAUUAGUUCGGAGGAAAAUAAGAGGCGUGUUUUGUUUCAUAGAUUUAAAAAGUAUAUUAAAACAGCCGUACUUUUCUGCUGCUGGUCAUGAGAAGUGAGAGUGAUGAGAGUGUAUUGUUGCAGUUAGCUGAUUGUCAAUAAAUAUUAGACACAACACGUUAAAUUAGGAGAAAAAUAAGAGGCGUAGCUUGUGUUGUAGAUAGAAUAAAAUGGAUUUAAACAGCUUUGCUCCGCUGCAGUUGGCUAGAUGAAGAGAAGAAUGUGUUAUUACGUACAGUCAGCUGAUUGCCCAGUCAGCUGAUUGUCACGCACCAGGGAUGUAAACUGGCCACUCAUGCAGAAAGAGGGUGAAGCAGUGACAAGUGUUCAGGAUGGUGCAGAUCUCUAGUAACCUGUCUCAGGCUGCCAAGGGUGAUGGGGAGGCGGCAGCAGCAGCAACCCUCCUAGCGAGUAAAGGAGCCACUUCUUUGGAGAGAAAAAAGAGGCACCUGCAGUGUGUGGUGACUGGCCUAGUUAUACUCUUUGGACUCUGGCUGACAACUACCAUCAUCAUCAUUCUCAUCAUUGCUCCAUAUUGCCGAGGCAGAAACUUGUUGGGACGACACUCCCUCCCACCUCCAAGCCUCAACCAAAAUGUGCUCACCUACUCAGAGACAGAUGCCCACAGACUCCAUGCAUAUAGGGAGUGGGUGAAGAACAUGGACAAGAAGGAGAUAGAAUGUGGUAUUGACUGCCUGUUCUAUUCACUUGAUGCCCCGAAUCUCAGUUUACUGGUUGAGAAGCAGACCCAAGCACCACCUGAGCCCUCCUCCGCCUCUGCCAAGCUACCUUCAGGUCAGUGUGAGGAUGUGCCUCUCAGCGAACGCUUUGACUGCCUGCCAAGUGCAUCACCAAAUCAAGAGGAGUGUGUGGCAAGAGGCUGCUGCUGGAAGGAGGUAUUGGAGGUACCAAAGCGCAAGAAGCCUUUCCCAGCACCAAGAAUCCACCAGCCUACCCACGGUUUCUCCCAAGAUGUGCCCUUGAAUAUCCCCUUCUGUUACUACCCCAAGGACUACCAUGGCUACCACUUCACCAACCUGACUCCCUCAGACAUGGGGUACCAAGGCUAUAUGUCCAGGAAAUCCGCAAGUGGAUAUUCUGGUGAUGUGGAUACGUUGUAUUUUGAAGUGCGGAUGGAGACAGACACCCGGAUUAGGAUUAAGAUCACUGACUCAUCUCAGACUCGCUGGGAAACACCUCUGCCUGUAGUCCCAGUUGUAAACAAGAGUUCUGCCACCCUGCCACUGUAUAAAUUUAAAGCUCGGCUGAAUGACGGGACUUUUACUGUGUCAAGGGAUUCCACUGAUCUGCCACUAUUCAACACAGAGGGAGCAGCACCCCUCACAUACUCAGACCAGUUCCUCCAGCUGUCCACCAUUCUUCCCUCACACUUCAUCUAUGGUUUGGGAGAGCACCUGGAUGGCUUGCUCCUUGACACAUUUUGGACUCGACGUGUGCUCUGGAACCUCGACCAGAUACCAGAGCCUGGGAAAAAUUUGUAUGGUAGCCAUCCAUUCUAUCUUGCCAUGGAGCCAUCAGGAGAAGCUCAUGGUGUCUUCCUUCUCAACUCCAAUGCCAUGGAUAUAGUGCUGCAGCCUCUUCCAGCCCUCACAUACAGGGUGAUAGGUGGUGUACUAGACCUAUAUGUGUUCCUAGGACCAACCCCUAGUGAUGUGGUGAGGCAGUACACUGAGGUGGUGGGCAGGCCAUUCCUACCACCCUACUGGUCCCUGGGAUAUCACCAGUGCAGGUUUGGCUAUGGAUCCACCAAUAGAACAAGAGAGGUCUGGCAGCGGACACGCAAUGCUGGGAUACCCUUUGAUACGCAGUGGAAUGACAUUGACUACAUGAAGGAUCACAACGAUUUCACCAUCAGCUCAGACACAUACAAGAACCUGCCACAGCUAGUGCAAGAUAUACACAAGGCUGGCAUGCACUAUGUUCCAAUAUUUGACCCUGGCGUGAGUGCCUCUGAGGCUCCAGGCACCUACCCUCCUUGGGAUGAAGGCUUGCAUUUAGGAGUGUUUGUACGCAACCACACCAACCAGCCCUUCAUUGGCAAGGUGUGGAAUCCUGUCUCCACUGCCUGGCCAGACUUCACUCAUCCACUGGGCACCUACUACUGGAGCAGGCAGAUGGAGCGCUUCCACAACACUCUGCCCUAUGACGGAGCAUGGAUUGACAUGAAUGAACCUUCAAACUUCUGGUCUGGUGGUCCCAAAGGCUGCCUCCACAACAAUUUGGAACACCCUCCUUUCCUGCCAGCUGUUGAGGGAGGAUCCUUAUACUACCACACACUGUGCAUGUCUGCCCGACAUCACGUGGGCAACCACUACAAUGUCCAUAAUCUCUUUGGUCUCACUGAGGCAAUUUCCACCAAUGUAGCUCUUCAGGUUGUGAGGGCUAAGCGACCGUUUGUCAUCUCGCGCUCCACUUUCCCCGGCCAAGGAGUCUAUGGGGGUCACUGGACAGGCGAUGUGUGGUCUGAUUGGUUCAACAUGUGGCAGUCCAUUGCAGGGAUUCUAAACUUCAACAUGUUUGGAGUGCCAAUGGUGGGGGCAGACAUCUGUGGCUUCAAUGGCAACACCACCACCAACUUGUGCAUGCGAUGGAUGCAGCUUGGCGCAUUCUAUCCAUUCUCUCGCAACCACAACACUGAUGAUGCAGUGGACCAAGACCCAGUAGCACUGGGAGAGCGUGUGGUGAGGGCAUCCCGAAAGGCACUCAUACAGAGAUACACAUUACUGCCAUACCUGUACACACUCUUCUUCAACGCACACAUGACUGGGGAACCAGUUGCCAGACCCUUGUUCUUCCAAUUUCCUGAGGAUGAGAAGACAUACUCUGUGGAUACUCAGUUCCUCUGGGGCUCUGCACUGAUGAUUGUCCCUGUAUUGAGAGAGCACAUCACAAAAGUUGAGGCUUACUUACCACAAGGCAUGUGGUACGAGUGGUAUGGAGGUGGCAUGGUGAAGGAGGAGGAAGGAGAGGGGUCAUACAUCACCCUCCCAGCUCCAUAUGACACCAUCCCACUUUUAAUACUUGGAGGAAAUAUCUUACCUACCCAUGUCCCAGGCAACACUACAAAACAGAGUCGUGAGCUGGGUCACGGGUUGGUCAUUGCUCCAGACAAGAAAGGUGAAGCAAGAGGUCAAUUGUACUGGGAUGAUGGAGAUUCUUUAGACCCUGUGUCAAGCCAGUCAUUUAGCCACAUGUUGUUCAAGAGUGAGUCAGGUGUCCUGAGAGUGAUGUGCUCCACCAGAGGCUACACUGGCCCUCUUAAUUUACGUUACAUUACAAUCCUGAAUGUUCCUCAAAAUGCAACUCAAGUUGUGGUUGCUGACAAAACAGCUCAGAAUUAUGACUAUGAUCCAGGCAACAAGGUUCUCACAAUCAAGGAACUGGAUCAGCCCCUUAUGCAAAACUUUACUGUGAUAUGGAAGUUUUGAAGCAAAAGAAACAUGAAACAAGCAAAAAAGCAGAGGAAAACUUAGAGAGAGAGAGAGAGAGAGAGAGAGAGAGAGAGAGAGAGAGAGAGAGAGAGAGAGAGAGAGAAUGCAUAGAUUGUAAAAUUUCUUUGACUAUUUUUAAGCUUAUUAAGGUUAAUGUUCUUUUAUCUUCCAUGACCAUGCUAUUAACACACACUAUUCUUAAUAUUGUUAACCUGUUUAAUUUCCUUCCUUUAGUUAUCAAAGGCAUUUGCUUAAGUUUCUAAGAAUUAGUAUGGUGAGAGAACCAUUUCUGGAUUAUCUGGACAAAAAAGACUAUAUGAGCUGUGCAAUUGCCUGAGGAUUGAGGUUGUGUGGGUAAACAAUGUAUGGUAGUAGUUGGAUCUUUGAAACAUAUGCAAUAAAGGUAAGUAAGCAUGGAAGUGAGAAAAAAAAGCAUCUCUGUGAUGGUAUACUUGUAUUAACACUCAACACUUACAAGUGAAACUUGGAUGUAAAAUGAGAAAUGGAGGUCAGCAAUUCAAGGUGUUGAAAUGUUACUUGAAAAAUAGCUUUGGCAUGCAAAGAAUGGCUGAUGAAAGUAAUGACAGUGUGUAUAGCAGAUUUGGUAUGUGAAAAUAAAGGAAUGAAAUGUGGAAUGGUUGAGAGAGUCAAGCACAGCAACCUGGGUAGUCCGACUACAUGGAGAAAUUGGCAAAAAGAGAGAUGAUUCUCUACAUGUGUUUUGUCGUACAAGAAUUCACUUUACGAGCAAUUCAAAUGAAACCUAACUGUGUGUAUUAUCAAGGCCUCCCUAUAUUAUAAUUCCUUCACUUUAACUAAGACUGUCAAAAUGUUGAGAGAAAAAUUGUCUUGGUGCAUGCAUCACCUUGAGGAGAAAGUCUAGGCAGGUUUUACAUAGUUCUCACACUGGUUUCUUGACAGUAUUUUGGUGGGUGGCAGUCAUAGCUUAGUUAGUGCCAAGCCACCAGCUGCUGCAUCUUGUCUGUUACAAAGCUGCUGGUUGUGAACUGAGUUGCAUUAGUUUUACUUGUAGAUCAGUGGUGAAGCCAGCUCAUUGAACAGAGUAUGGUUUUACCUUGUUUACUGUUGAUCACAGCUUAUAAAUAUACUUUUCAACUUAAAUACUUUCUAUUUACACUAGAUUUAUCAGAAUGUUGAAUAAAUUUAUUAGAAUAUAAUCACAUUAUAAAUUUGGCUUAGGAGUGUCUUAGAAUCUGACCUAUGUUUUCCUAUUAGAAUUUAUAUCUAUCAAACAUUAAAUUUUCCAUGCAUGACAAGCUCAAAAACUUCACUGCUGUGUUAAGUGAGGAACAACCAGAAGUGCUUACAUGUUUGUAGCACAGGAUGUCACAAAUACAGUACCUACAUUAUAAUUCAUGCAUUUUAUGAUAUUCUGAGGCCAUAGUUUAUAUCUGUAGGAACCUAUCUUGGCCAAUAAGUCUAUCCCAGAAUGAUUGUUAAAGAAUGUAACUCAUUUGUAAAUUGCAGUUCACUUGUAUUAUAUUCAUAUAAAAUGUUGUGAUUAUUGUAAUCAUAUCAACACCAUAGUUGCUUGCAUAGAUGCUGUGUGAUACCAUGGUAUCCUGCCAGUCAGUUAAGUGCUCUACGUCAGUGGACAAAAAAUCAUGUCUCUGAGUAGCAGCCAUGUGUACUCUUAUACCCAAUAAAUAGAUACUAAAGAAAA